AAAGGACUAACAUCCAAGUUCUUGUACCGACAGUGAAAGAGAAACCAAAUUCUGAAACACAUAAAUCCCAUAUAUCUCUUCACAAAUGAGGCCUUCCCACUUAGCAGUCUCCCUUAUGGUCUUGUUCAUCAUUUACCUUUCUAGCGUUCAAGGGAUUCGCUUGGAGAAAAGUUUCAAACCGGCCGGACAUGAUCCUAUACAGGAAGGUGCUUUGAUGAAAAGCAGUAAUGGAGUUAUGGGAGAUAUCCUUCUCUGCAAACAAGGGCAUUGUACAGGAAAGGGUAGGAAACUUUUUACUGCAACUACUGCUAUAACUCCUACAUCUUCCACCAUUUCAAAGAAAGAAGAGAAGGGAGAAAACGAAGUUAUACCAAUUUCAACACUCAAACCAGCCGUCGAGGAAGAAAAUGGUGGGAAGCAAGAGAAAUUCCUUCUUGGUUCACCGACAACUUCCCAACACCCGGACGUCUAUCACCACUAUGUCAACAUUAUGGACAUUGUUGAAAUGGACUAUUCUCCAGCUAGGAGAAAACCUCCAAUUCACAACUAA